UCCCUGCUGUGCUGCUUUUUUUUUGCGGGGUCCCUGCUGUGCUGCUUGUGUUGCUGAUUUUUUGGUAUUGAAAUGUGCUAAGUCGUUGCGUGAUUCAGUCAAUUCCUUCGUCAGAUUUCAUCACCAAUUUGACGGAUUUGGUUAUAUCGGCAUGAAUCACUUUGGAUUUUUUGAGGGAGUGUAUCCCUGUACCUAUAGGUAGCUCUUCUGUUUUGUCCCUGAAAAAAAAAAUACGUUUUUAAUCGAAAAUUGGGGCAAAACAUGCCGAACGCCGUAUACGUACAGAGCUCUACCGUAUACGUAGACGGAAGCAGACUAAAUAAAAAGUUGACUUUAUUGUCGAAGAAAGAAAAAAAAUAAUCCAGCAACAUGACAUAGAACCAGCCUGAUCUUGAUAGCGUGAGAAAAAGAAAAAAAAAGAUCGAGACUCGACCACGGGCGGACCCGAAGGAACAGCUGGCGUCGAACCCAAACCUGGCUGCCUCGGUCGGUCGGUAGCCUGUAGUACACCGUAUACGUAGAAAAUACGCUACCGUAUGCGUAGCGAACAAGCUACCAUCUACGUAGCGCAGUCGGACCCGAUACAUCGUAUAAUACAGGUCGUCGACGCCCUAAUUUGGCAAAAGCUUUUCCGCGCGAUCGAUCGGAAGAGUUCUCGCGCGAAAAAGAAACCUCCAGCUCCCCGCUCCGCUCGAAUCGCCCCGCCGCCAUGGCGCAUCACCGGCGCCGCAGCUGCCUGCGCCGUGUCCUCACCAUCGCCGGCGGUGUGUCAGCCGGCCUCCUCCUGCUCGCCGGCGGCCAUACCUACGCCCACGGUCAGUUCUUCUCGCCGGGCUCGCUGCCCCUCGGCCUCGGCCUCGGCGCCGACCGCUCGCCGCCCUUCGCCCCGCCGCCCUUCGCUCUCUCGCCGCUGCCGCCCUACCUCCUCUCAGAUCCGGAGGCCGAUGCCUCGCCCCCGCAGCCGGAAGCCGACCUCCCGCGGCGCCUUCUGCCCCUCCACCGCUCGCCGCCGCCCUACCUCCUCUCAGAUUCAGAGGCCGACGCUGAGCCGCCGCAGCCGGAAACCAACCUCCCGCGGCGCCUUCGGCCCCUCCAUCGCUCGCGGCCGCCCUCGCCUUUCCUGGGCUUGGACUCGGAGGCUGAUCGCUCGUACGACGACGCGGAUGCUGUCUUGCUCCCGGACUGGGAGGUUCUUGUCCUGACUGACGCUGAGCCUGGCGCCAAGGCGACGUGCGCCUUCCAGGGCGGAGCGUCGUCCCCGGCGAGCGCGCUCGGGAGGCUGCCGGGGUCGGGCCGCCACGCCUACGUCUGCCCAAUGCCCGAGCCUGCCCGGAGCCUCCAGCCGCUCCAAGCGCCCGUGCUGCUCCCCACCUCGGCUUCCUCUGCCGAUUGCCCUGGCCGCACAUUGCUGAACUGGACUGGCCGGAUCGCGUUCAGCUCUGCAACUCUCGACAGUGGCGAUGUUCUUGUCUUUGCAAAGGGCGUCAACCAUGUUGCUGGCGGUGUCCAAUGCCUGUAUCGCUGCUGCGGCGAGACCCAUGCCGUGGUGGCCUCCUUCCCGGCCAUCACGUCCGUACAGCAGGUUACCCGGUGCCCUGCUCCACCGGUCCAUCUGAACUCCAGGAACACAGAGUUCCGUGUCACCGUGGCAGCCACGGGCGAGGAUCCGAUCCCCGCACUUGCAACUUAUCGUCCACGGCAGAGUGAAAGUGGCUUGCCGGUGGCACCGGAAAAGAACCUGAUUUGUGCAUGCACUAUGAUUCACAACGUCUCAAUGUUUCUUCGCGAAUGGGUGCUGUAUCAUGCCGCUGUCGGGGUGGACCACUUCAUCCUGUACGACAAUGGAAGUAAGGAUGACUUGGCAGAUCAAGUUGCCCAGUUGAGGUCUGCCGGAAUCAAAAUCUCUACCGUUCCUUGGCCGUGGAUCAAAAUGCAGGAAGCCGGCUUCUCCCAUUGUGCUGCAACGCACCAGAGCUCUUGCAAGUGGAUGGCCUUCAUUGAUGUCGACGAGUUCGUUUUUUCGCCGAACUGGGAACGAUCUGAGAAACCGACAAAAUCGAUGCUUGAGGCGAUUGUUCAGGUUGAUCCAGAUGUCGGGCAGGUACAUCUGUGGUGCUUUGAUUUUGGCCCCUCUGGCCAAACAUCACACCCACAGGAGGGUGUCAUCCAAGGAUACACAUGCCGUCUGAAGCAGAUUCUGCGUCACAAAUCGCUUGUUCUACUUGCUGCAGUGGACCAUUCUUUGGAGAAUGCGAUUCACCACUUCACACUGAAGGCUGGUUUCAAAAGUAUACGGAGCAUGCAGGCACGUGUGAACCAUUACAAGUAUCAGGCAUGGCCCGAGUUCAAGCAUAAGUUCAAACGACGAGUGUCCACCUACGUGGCUGACUGGAGAGAUCCGAUCAACCUUCAGUCUGCUGACCGGGCCCCCGGCUUAGGAACUGAUGGAGUCGAACCGGUUGGUUGGGCGCAAAGGUAUUGCGACAUCAAGGAUAACCUGCUUCAGCAAUUGAGCGCAAGGUGGUUCGGUAGUGGAUUGGGAAGUCAGGGAUCUCAGGAUACUUAGGCUUGGCAGUAUCUGUAACCUGCGAUUGUCUAGAAGGAUCCAGAGGCAUUAGAGAUGGAACUGUAAUCUAGUUUAAACUUGUCUCCUUGCCUCCCAGGAUCAAUCUAGAUACCAAUCUGUACAUCGCCUGCCACGUUCGGCACCUAUAAAUAAACAUCAGGCGGCCUCCAAUGGAGCUGUUUCGCUUCAUUGACACCGCGACCGCCGUCUCUGAGGAAUUCCUGUCCUGCACUGACAAGGAUGGGAAGCAGCACUGACAAAUCAUUUCAUAAGGUUCACAGGAUGGCAAUUUAAGUUUGCUGAAGAGGCCGGGGGUAAUCCUCCUUUUCCAAAAAGAAUUCUAGGUUGUCUUGAUCUAGAGCUUCUAUCGCCUCUUCAACAAUCUAUUGGCAUAAACUCUUAACUUUUACCUGAAGCUGCCCGUCAAAUAUCUCUAAUAGUACAUAUACCUGACAUUAUCUGUCAUGCGUACUGCAUACUGUUUGGUUUGGUAUCACUUCUGCUCCAGGUAGGAGAUCUUUGAGCAGGACACCAUGUACAAAAGGUUUGGUACUAAUUCUUGAAAAAAAUCGUGCUUUUUGCAGCACCAUCCUGUUGAGCCAUGAGAUCUGAACCAAUGAAUUCAGAUAACAUCUACCAUGUUUACGGAUCACUACAUGUUCUGUUGUUUGCUACUUAAUUCUCAAAAAAAUCAUGCCUUCGCAUCACCAUCCUGUGGAACCACGAGGCCUGAUCCAAUUAUUUCAGAGAACAUGUACUAUGUUUAUGGAUCACUACAUGUUCUGGUGGAACAAGAUAUGCAAGGGUCGCAACUCUAAAAAAGACUUCUGUUGUUGGAGAAGGAAUUAAUCCAUCACAGUGCUCCCUAAGAGGGCACAAGCUGCUGCUAUGGUUCUUGAAACGACAUCAUUCUCUGCAAUCCAGUAACAUGGGAACCUGCUCAGGAUGUGCCAGGUAAGAUCAUUUCAAAGCAGAGGGUGGCAAAUUUGAUGCAGUGAUUGCUGUCAAAUGGGCCGAGGUAAUUCUUUCCUGCAGAUAUGCUAUGGAUAAACAUGUAACAGUCCAUUGUUUUUACUGAUUAUUAUGUUGUCCUCGAAUGAUUCACAUCUCAGAAUUUGUAAUGUACAGUAGCUGACAUGAUAGUAUCAUAUUAUUUUACUGUGAAAAAACCUUGAAUAGUUAUAAAGAAAUACUCGGUUCAA